AUGCAUCAAAAAGCAACCAGGGAGAAAUGUGACGCAUUUUACUUCACUUCACUGAAAAAUGUGAAAAAAGAUGCAUGGUUUUCAUCCAUUCCCGUGGGUCACAACACACUGCAGGCGACAGUAAAGAGACUUUGUGAAGCAGCAGGGAUAACUGGAAGGAAGACCAACCACUCGUUGAGGGCCACAUCAGCAACACGGCUGUUUCAGGCGAACAUCGAUGAACAACUCAUUUGUCAUCGCAGUGAUGCUGUUCGCACAUAUAAACGUCCUUCAGACCGACAAAAGGCAGAGGUGUCUGACUUUUUGUAUGUUGACACAAAGAACAUGCAUACGGUCCUGCAGCCAAAGUCGGCCUCACAGAUCCGUGCACAGGUCCCACCGGCAGCUACAGAGACAAAUCCACAAGUUCCACCGGCAGCUACAAAGACACCUCCACGUGUCCCACCGGCAGCUACAUACAAAAAUCCGCAAGUUCCACCGGCAGUUACAAAGACACCUCCACAGGUCCCACCGGCAGCUACAGACACAAAUCCACAAGUUCCACCGGCAGUUACAAAGACACCUCCACAGGUCCCACCGGCAGCUACAGAGAUAGUUCCACAUGUCACACCGGCAUCUACAGAGACAACUCCACAGGCACAUGAGUCCAACGAUAUACCAGCUGAGACGGGGCUGAUGAAUAGGGCUACUGUGCUUCCAAAUCUUGUUGCUGUGUGGGUCAAUGGCUCUAUUGUUGUCAUCCCAAACGAAUUUGGCAGCAGACGAACAGAUUCUUACGUUGCCUUUUUAAAUGACCACCCUAGAUACAGGAGUCCGUCCAAUUCCACAGCCGUACAACCCGACAUCCGCUACCUGUCUCCUCUUGUUGGCGAUCUCGCGAAGCAUCAACUCGCUGCGCACCCGUCCAGCGUCAUUUUUCACCCCUUACGAUUCUUGAACACACGACACGACGAUUGGAAACUUCGGGAAGACGCCAUCUUGUAUCCAUUCAAGGUUUUCAAGAAGAAAGACAGUAUUCUGCUGCAGGUCGACGCAGAGAACAUUCAGAAAAGAUUGGCUCCUGAAGAAAUCCUCGCUGUUAUAAUGAGGAGUCUAAAGGAAUCGGCAGAGAGGUAUUUGGGUGUCCCUGUGAAGGACGCUGUGGUGGUCGUGCCAUCGUCAUUUAGGUCCACCCAGCGGCACACUCUAAAAGACGUUGGUAUUCUGGCGGGACUGAGUGUCAGGCGCAUUAUCAGUUAUCAGUCAGCAGUGGCUGCAGCAUACACGACGUCCGCCAUUAAAAGGGGAGACAAGCGUACGGAACGACAUGCUAUUGUGUUUUCUGUUGGUGCGGGCGUGUGUGCAGUGUCUGUGGUCGUCCUGGACGAGGGGACUAGCGAUGUCGUGGCGUCGCUUAGCAACAAUACUCUCGGUGGCGAUGACCUUGUACACAAAAUUAUGCACCAUCUUUUGCGAGAAGCGAAAAACCAGAACUUCAAUUCCUAUUCCAAUGCAAUGUUUGUCCAAAAACUGAGACAUGAGGUGGAGUUUGUGCUCUACAAAUUUGGGAAAGAAUCGAAACAUCCCAAGGUUAAAAUUAACGUGGAGUUAGGAGAAAACAUAUUUUCAUCAGUUAUAACAAAUGAACUGUUUACGAAAUUCAGUCAGGAUGUAUUUCUUCCCACACUACAAUAUGUAAAGAAAGUGCUGAUACGCGCUGACGUCACAAAGGAAGAAGUGACUGAUGUCAUACUGGCAGGAGGUGCGGCACGGAAUCCCGCCAUUCGGAAAAUCCUCAAAACCUACUUCAACGGUUUGGAGCCAGUUAUUGGAGAGCUUUUUCCGGGAGAAGCCAAAGUUAUCGGAGCAGCGCUACAAGCAGCCUUCCUGAACUGCAAGGAGGGCAUUGCCACAGUUCCCGUCCUCGAGGUCAGCUCAUACAAUGUUGUCGCAAGAGCAAACCAAGUUGACGAGGUCACCAUACCAUCACUGUCGAGACUUCCAUAUACAGCUAAACGGAUUUACAGAUCCGCCCACAAGAAGCAGGAGAAUGCACACUUGGAAGUGUUCGAGGCUUAUGGUUCGUCCGUGUCCGCAGACGACAAGGUGUUUGACAUUGUUCUCUGGGGUCUCAGCAAAAGACGCCAUUCCCACAACGAAAUAGUUGUUGAGUUCGAGCUGAGCAUUGAUGGCACGUUGAACAUCAACAUAAUGGAGACUGGAAACAAAGAUGCUUACACAAUGCAAACGACUCUCAACGUAGCCACGGACCGGAACAUGAAUAAAAUGAUGAGACAUGCGCAAAGGCUUCAGACAAGUGGAAUGUUGUCUAGGUUGAAACAAGAUGCAAGAGAAGAUCUAGAUAAACUGGUUUAUUCUUUAAACGCAUGCUUAUCAAAACUGUUCAAGAAAAAACACGUAGUUCAGAAACUCACACCUGAAGGCCAGAUGCUUCAGAGACUAGUAAAAACAGUGAUAAUAAGGCUGGAUCGAACUUCCGACUUGGAUACAGACAUUUACAAGCAAUGGACAGAUGAAGUUAAAGACAUGCUGGUAAAUCAACCCAGAGGUAUCAUGUCACUGUUCCAAAGCACUUGUGGUUGGCCCACUGAAUAGCCGGUAGUGGCAAGGUGUCGCUGAUCACUGAUCAGUUCAUGAGGGAUAUAUGUUAGCUGAGAGCUGACAUUACUGUUAUUAUUAAACACGUGUUUGUUUAAGAUUGGUAAUGUUUUUUUUGAAAAGUAACUGUACAUCAUAUUUGUAAUCACUUCUUUGGACAAACAGGAGGUUGCAAGUGUUUAUGUAUCGUCAUAUUCGUGUUGGGGAUUUUUGUUAAAGUGGUAAAGUUUGCUUUGUUUAACCACACCGCUAGUAGUCCAUGGGCCAGAUAGAGUUAGUGGUACCAAAUGGUGAACAUGGAUGGUAAACCAAUGCUGAAUUUUUAAAUUUUUUAAUUUAUUAUUAUUUAAAAAAAAAUAUUUAUUCACUGAACCCCUGUUUACAUUUGUUAUCUGUCCCAACCACAGAGAUAAAGUGACAGAGUUACAAUACAAAAUUAAACAUUAUCAUUUAGGUAUACAUAUCGAAAUUUUCAUUCACUAUUUACAAUUGUUAUUAUCACGAAGUUAUACAUGUGUGAAUAUUAAUGAUACAAAUAGAAAAAAGAUUGUAUAUUAUUUAGCCCAAAUUCUCAUAGUUUAUAAUUUUGGACUAGACAUGUAAAAUAAUUAAACCAAAAUUGACUAUACAAAAUGGUGUCUGCGAGAUAUGUUCUAUUAUAUUUAAUAUCUAUUUAUACACUCAUCCCCACCUAAACCCACCAAUCCCCCCCCCCACCCCACCCCCAUCCCAUCAAUAAACAAACUUCAAAUAUACACAUAUAACUACGCAUACGUAUACGCACACGCACACCGACACGCACACAAGUGAUUCAUGACGUGCAGACAUCAUAAGACUUCACAAAUGAAGUAUUAUUAUAUAAAACAUAAUAAUUAUUUGACUAUGACUGGUAUGGCUGUCUGUUGUGAAAUAUUAAUAUACAUGUACGGUAUAUAACACCAAAGUAAAUAAUUACAAAUUUCAUAAUUUGUUCAGCAGUAAUUGCCUGACUAUGUCUAAAUAGAUUAUGAUUUAGUUUGAAAUUUGUUGUGUAAACCUUUUCUAUGAUAAAUACUUUCUGUUAGAUAUCUAGAUUUCAGAAUAUGUUUAAAAUGUUUCAUACUUGGUAAGAUAUCUGUUACUUUACAUUUAUAGAUGAAUAAUUUAGCAAGUAAUAGAAACAGAUCACAAAUUUUGUCAGAUGUUGUAAUAUUAUUUUCUCCUAGUAGAAUUAGUUUGGCAACAAGAGAUAGAUAUUGAAUAUGAGGAAAUGUAUCAAGUAAGAAUUGUAAAAAAGAAUUCCAAAAGGUUUUGACUGGUAAGCAGUCCCAGAAAAGAUGUAAUAUGAUUUCUGGAGUGCUUUUACUAAAUGUACAAAGAUUAGUUUCAGCUUUGUUAAUUUUUUGUAAUUAAA